UGAUAAUGGGUUUUUAUUUUAUUUUUCUACAGCAUUUGAUGUUGAUGUAUCUGAAGAAAAAAAGAAUGCAAUGGGUUCAUUGAAAAAAGCUGCACUUAGUGCUUCAAGUAAGUUUAGGAAUUCAUUUUCAAAGAAAGGUAGGAGGAGUAGUAAAGUAAUGUCUAUCGAGAUCGAAGACAAGCACAAUGCCGAUGAGUUGCAGGCCGUUGAUGCCUUGCGACAAGCGCUUUUAUUGGAAGAACUAUUGCCCGAAAAACACGACGAUUAUCACAAGCUGCUAAGGUUCUUGAAGGCUAGAAAGUUUGAUAUUGAUAAAACAAAGCAAAUGUGGAGUGAUAUGCUUCAAUGGAGGAAGGAAUUCGGUACCGACACGAUUUUGGAGGAUUUUGAGUUCAAGGAGCGUGAGGAUGUGUUGAAAUAUUAUCCACAAGGGUACCAUGGAGUAGAUAAAGAUGGACGACCGGUAUAUAUAGAGAGAAUAGGCUUAGUAGAUGCUAAUAAGCUCAUGCAAGUUACGACUAUGGACCGGUAUAUCCAAUACCAUGUACAAGAGUUUGAAAAAACGUUCAAUACUAAGUUCCCAGCUUGUUCUAUUGCUGCCAAGAAGCACAUUGAUCAAAGCACCACCAUCUUGGAUGUACAAGGAGUGGGUCUUAAAAGCUUCACCAAAGCUGCAAGGGAACUCAUCACUCUUCUUCAAAAGACUGAUGGUGACAAUUAUCCCGAGACAUUGAACCGGAUGUUCAUUAUUAAUGCUGGUUCGGGAUUUAGAAUGUUGUGGAACUCUGUUAAGUCUUUCCUUGACCCUAAGACAACAGCCAAGAUUAAUGUUCUUGGAACCAAAUUUCAAAGCAAGUUGCUUGAAAUAAUUGAUGAAAGUGAGUUACCGGAGUUUUUGGGAGGCACUUGCACCUGUGCCGAUCAAGGAGGCUGCAUGCUUUCUGAUAAGGGUCCAUGGAAGGACCCGGAGAUCUUGAAGAUGGUUCAAAACGGUGAACAUAAAUGCACGAAGAAGUCUCAGCCCCAAAGUGCUGAAGACAAGACGGUUUACAAUGAUGAGGCCGUGGUCUCAGAGUCAAACCAAGCUAGCAUCUCGGAAGCUGAGGCAGUCCCAGAUGCAGGAAACAAACAGAACAUUUCCCCAAAACUCUCUCCUGUUUAUGAAAAUGUCCAAACAAGCCAAAACAAGAAAUUUGUGCCAAUGGCUGAUAGAACUGUGAGUUUAGCUCCGAAAACUGGUGUGCACAACGAGAAAGUUCCUGUACGAUCGAAAGAUGUUUAUCCUAUGCAACAUAAGGAUCCCGAUGGUUUCAGUUCUCCGAUAUUCACCGGUGUAAUGACCUUCGUUAUGGGCAUUGCUACCAUGAUGAAAGUGACACGCACUAUGUCACAGAAAGUCAGUGAUGACUCGAAUGCUGUUAAUCGUGUUGGAACGGGGGUUAAGAACCAAGAACCUUCGGCUGCUAACUUACCGCCACCGGCAUCCAUCUCACCUGCUGAGAUGAUGACGGUCAUGAAACGUAUAGCCGAGUUGGAAGAGAGAAUAACCGUUAUGAACACACAACCUACAACGAUGCCCCCUGAGAAGGAGGAAUUGUUGAAUUCUGCAGUAAACCGAGCCGAUGCCUUGGAGCAAGAGCUUAUGGCAACUAAGAAGGCUCUCGAAGACGCGGUUGCUCAACAGCAGGAGCUCUUGGCAUAUAUUGAGAAAAAGAAGAAGAGGAAGAGGAGGGUUUUGUACUUCUGGUGAAGAAACAAAAAAGCCGAACACUAACAGAUGCUCGGAAAACUGGUGGUGGAACAGUUCAGUUUAUAAGGCAAACCCACAAAGUGCACUCUAGUCUUUACAUUUCCACUCAUAGAAUGUGCAAUGCAAAAAAGUUUUGAUUAUAUAUACAUGAUUUAAAUUGAUCUGUUAUAUAUCAAUGUACAUGCAUACAUUUAUAUAUAUACAUACUAUUA